GGAGCCUGAGCUCAGGUACGGCAACGCAUCCCGCAGAUAGAGGGAGAGAGAGAGGCAGAGGCAGAGAGAUAUUUAUAGCCUGAAGCGAGGCUGCAGCACGCAGAUAAGGCUUGGGACCAAGCCGUAGGCAGGGCUUAGGGACAGAACGGGACGAGAGGACAUAUCAAAAUGAAACAAUUCCUAUCGAUAGUUUUACUCGGGACUGCCCUGGCUGCCGUCAGCGCAGCGGGCACCGACGGAGAGAUUUCCUUCGAGUAUCACCGUUAUGAGGAGCUGCGGAAGGCGCUGGUGUCGGUGUGGCUGCAGUGCCCGUCCAUCACCCGCAUCUACACCAUCGGGGAGAGCUUCGAGGGCCGCGAGCUGCUGGUGCUGGAGAUGUCCGACAACCCCGGGACGCACGAACCCGGUGAGCCUGAGUUUAAAUACAUCGGGAACAUGCAUGGCAACGAGGCGGUGGGCAGAGAGCUGAUCAUCUACCUGGCUCAGUACCUGUGUAACCAGUACCAGCAGGGCAACGAGACCAUCAUCGACCUCAUCCACAGCACCCGCAUCCACCUCAUGCCCUCCAUGAACCCUGACGGCUUUGAGAAGGCCGCCUCACAGCCCGGAGAGAUUAAGGACUGGUUUGUAGGCCGCAGCAACGCACAGGGGGUGGAUCUGAACCGCAACUUCCCUGACCUGGACCGCAUCAUCUACAUCAACGAGCGGGAGGGUGGAGCCAACAACCACCUGCUGCAGAACAUGAAGAAGGCUGUGGAUGAGAACAGCAAGCUGGCUCCAGAGACCAAGGCAGUGAUCCACUGGAUCAUGGAUAUCCCCUUCGUCCUGUCAGCUAACCUCCACGGAGGGGAUGUGGUGGCCAACUACCCAUAUGAUGAGACUCGCACCGGCUCCACCCACGAGUACAGUGCCAGUCCCGAUGAUGUGAUGUUCAAGUCUCUGGCCCGGGCCUACUCCAUGUACAACCCGGUCAUGUCUGACCCUCACCGGCCUCCCUGCCGUAAGAACGACGAUGACUCCAGCUUCACUGACGGCAUCACUAACGGAGGAGCUUGGUACAGUGUGCCUGGUGGAAUGCAGGACUUCAACUACCUCAGCAGCAACUGCUUUGAGAUCACUCUGGAGCUCAGCUGUGAUAAAUUCCCAAUUGAGGACACACUGAAGACCUACUGGGAGCAGAACCGUGACUCACUCGUCAACUACAUUGAACAGGUUCACCGUGGUGUAAAGGGCUUUGUGCGCGAUCUCCAGGGCAAUCCCAUUUCCAAUGCCUCAAUCUCUGUGGAGGGCAUCGACCAUGACAUCACCACAGCUAAAGACGGAGACUACUGGCGCCUGCUGGCCCCAGGAAACUACAAAGUGGCAGCCUCUGCCCCCGGCUACCUGACUGUCAUCAAGAAGGUGGCUGUUCCCUUCAGCCCUGCAACCAGGGUGGACUUUGAGCUGGAGUCCCUGAUGGAGAGGAAGGAGGAGGAGAAGGAGGAGCUCAUGGACUGGUGGAAGAUGAUGUCAGAGACGCUGAACUUCUGAAGCUUGCGGCUCGCUGACGGGAGCGUCCACACAUCGAUGUAAUAUAUUUAACAUUCUGUGUGCAGCGUCCACUCCGAAGAAUAUAUUGUCUCUUAUUUGUUCUGUUCUCUUUCGAUCAUUACUUUAAUGGGUCAUAAUUGUUUAUUAUCGUAUUGGUUUUGCCUCAUGCUCCUGUAGAAUGUUCGGAGACUGCGGAGACACAUGCGCACGCACAUGUACACACACACACACACACACACACACUCACACACACUGACGGACACAGAGGGGACUUCCAGGUAGUUUGGUGGCAGUGAGAUCAUUGUCGAUUCCUGUGGUAUUGUGUUCUUUAUCGUACAUGUGAUCGGUAAUCACAGCACCCAUCUUAUAUAGCAACGAGUGACUGAGUAAUUAUGUACAGUAUGUAAAAGAGCUGUUAAUGUCAUACCACAUGGCACUGUCCAUAAUAAGUCAUUUUUCCUGUUUUAAAUGUCUCUGUUUCUCCAGGCUCUAGUACAAACCCACACGCACACACAUAUAUACAAUAAUGACCCAAAACACACCGCCAUUCAAUUCCCAGCCACCUAACCAUAGGCAUACACACACACACACACACUCUCUCUCUGUAUUUCUUGCCUGUGAUGUAAAAAAAAAUAAUUCAAAGCUAUAGUUUUGAGAUCAUCAGGGACAUUAAAAACAUUGUAAAAUCACUGUAAACCUUCUAUACAGACAAACAAGCUUGUUUCCAUGUAGUUGAUGUUGAGGAAUCUUUUUUCUUUCUUUUUUUUUUUUAAACUGAUUGCAGCACAGUUAUGAUUUCAGCACAAGAUGAAUGGUUAUACUAUAUACUGUAUUUAUGACUUAGGUAUACCAAGAGAAGUGUGGAUUUUGUAACUGAAAACAACAACAAUAACAACAACAACAGCAAAACAACGCCAUAACUGCGACAAAUCUCUGCCCAGCUCAGUCUGCUCUCUGCCCAAAGCCAUUCCUUUGUAUGUGCACUACACAGGGAAAUACUCUCUAGUCCAUAGCAAACUGUGGUAGAACUUGUUUUUUUGAAGAAGCAAUCAACACCGAGAUUGUGUAGCCGAUUUUCUGAGCGGACACAGAAACUUUAAUCAACCAUACGGAUGCAGAACACUGUCAAAGACUACAGAAGGAAUUUAAUGAAUGUAUAGGUAUAUUAACAAUUAAAAAUGUAAAGAAUGAACUGAUUGAAAAAUCAAUAAAACCCCCCCUUUAUGUUGUCAAA